AUCUUCUUUCCCCAAGCUUCUGAGCAUCAGUAGCAUCAGUAUCAAGUUUUCACCUUUCAAAGAGCCAGGGAAUAUCUUGCGAUAGAACAAUUGGUGUGUACGCACACUGGAGCAUACUGCGCAAGUCAAGCUUCAAGAUGAACGGCACCAGCCAUCCACGCGAUUCCGAAGAAGGUCUCCUGGGCCGCAAAGACAGCCGUUUCUCUUGGGCAAACAUCCGGCGACACUUCGAUGAAGAUGUCACAGAAGCAUGGGGCGACGCCCUGCUCAUCGUAACAUGCUUCGUAACUGGCCUUCUCGAUGGCGCCGUGUUCAACGUCUGGAGCUGCUUCGUGAGCAUGAUGACCGGAAACACUGUCUAUGUCGGUCUCGGCGUCACCGGCCAACCCGCAUCCCAACCGUACCGCUGGGCCAAAUCCGGCACUGCAAUUCUCUCCUUCAUGCUCGGCACCUACUUAUUCUCACGUUGCAUGCGAUACCUAGGGCCCUUGCGCCGUCUUACCGUUAUCCUCGCCCUUCUCCUUCAGGCACUUCUCUGCUUCGCAUCUGCCCUCCUUUGCCUCUUCUCAGUCGUGCCCGCCGACGCUGGCACUCUACUGCCAAAUAAUUUCAUCGUGCUCCUUCCGCUCUGUCUUCUCUCUAUCCAGAGCUCGGGCCAGAUCGUACUGAGCAGAUUUCUGGGAUAUGGCGAGAUCACGACGGUGGUACUGACGAGCGCGUAUUGUGAUUUAGUGUUCGACGAGAAGGUGUUCACUGCGCCGAUGACGGCGAAUGUGAAGAGGAAUCGGAGAGUGUGUGCGGCAGUCAUGUUGGUGCUAGGUGCGAUGCUGGGAGGGUUCGUGACGAAGAAUGGAGACAUUACGAAUGCGUUGUGGAUCUCGGGCGCGAUGAAGGUGGGUAUGGCGGGGGUUUAUGUACUAUGGAAGGGUAAGGGGGGUGUGAGAUUAGAAUAG